AUGGCGGCAGAAAUGCAAUUGCGUCGUUUCGAAGAUGAAUUAGCUGAUGAGAUCGAACUAGCGCUUGCUGCAGCAUCAUCUGUUAUUUUUCUCACUAGAAAACAAAGGAAGGACAGGCGUCCUGAUGAGCGCAGGAGAAAUACUUGGUGGUCUGAAGGCUAUCAGUCUUGGAGUGAUGCAGCAUUCAAGAGGCGCUUCAGAGUGUCUCGUGCGACGUUUGAUUUUCUUCUUAACGAAAUUGGUCACGAAAUUGUUAAACAACCAACUCGAAUGAAACCCCAUCCAACAACUCUUGAUACACAAUUGGCAAUUUGUUUGUAUCGGUUGGCACAUGGAGUUACCUAUCUAACAGUAGGAGAUUUAUUUGGUGUUGCUGCAUCAACUGCUUAUUGCAUCUUCAUGGACGUUUGCAAAGUGCUGGUCAAGAUCUUGUAUGACAGGUUUAUUUACCUACCAAAGACAAUAGAUGAAUGGACACACGAACUCCAAGGGUUUCUUGAAAAUUGGGAGUUUCCAUGUGUUGGGGCAUGGGAUGGCUUUCAUGUAUAUGUUUCAAGUGCACCUGGCUCAACUCAUGAUUCAAGGCUUUUAAAGAAUUGUGAAGUAUACUCAGAAAUUGAACAUGGCAAAGUGCUGCCAAAAAAAUCACAGAACCUACAACCCUAUGGAGAAAUACCACUUACAACUGUUGGUGAUUCAGCCUUUCCAUCCCACUCGUGGUUGCUUAAGCCAUACAAAGAAGGAAUCGAGAACCCCAAAAGAAAUGAUCCAUGUAAGCCCAGAUGGCGCCUUGAAGUAAACCAGCUCAAUCUCAUUCGUGGAUCUGGCCAAGCAACAAAUGCAGCUGAAGAUGUAAGAUGCAUGAUAUCUAAUUGGCUAUGGACAUUGCGGCAAGAAAGAGCCAUAUAA